CGCCUGCGCAUCAAAAUCAGCGCAGAGCGUUUUGUGCAAUAUUUCAUUUUCUUUUUUCCAAAGGCAUCAUGACCCUUGGCCUUGACGCGUAGCUGAGAUUCAAUACUGUUAAGUCUCGCAAGUAUUCAUGAAUAUGGUGCACUUCAAUCUGGAACUCAUAUGGCUCUCCCAGGCAAGCCCGCACGUUGACCUUGUCUUCGUCCAUGGAUAUGGUGGUAACCCAGAGACAACAUGGCAUGACGAAUCCACCGGUAAAAUUUGGAUAAAGGACGAAGAGUUCGUUACUCGAAUAAGGAGGCCAAUCCGCAUUUUUUCCUUCAGCUACAACGGCGAUGUAGAUUCAAAUCUGUCAUCUUCCAGCCCAGCCUUUCAUGCAAGCGACUUGCUCUGCUGUUUGGAGCAAGCUCUCGAGAGAUCCACCGGACGACCACUGAUAUUCAUCGCCCACGGCUUCGGAGGCAUCAUUGUGAAAAAAGCAAUCCAGCUGUGUUUCAUGACAUCAGCAUACCCGCAGACAAAAAAUGCGCUGGCUGGCGUGACAUUCUUCGGCACUCCUCAUACUGACACAGACUCCGAGGCGCUUCUCCAGGCCGUAAGAGGCACCGCUGACGCUUUUGGUUCGGAAGAUGGUGCUAGAGGUGAAGAUAUCAGAGAAUACGUUUCCAUAGCGAGCCGCAUCAACGCUACCUUCAUCUCUUGCAAACCAAGCUACCUCAAAACGCUAUCUUUUUGGGAGAAACUGCCAUCAAAAUCUAUUGGACCAAGUUCAAACAUGCAUGGGCGUCCUAUCGUCUCCUUACAGUGUCAGAAAGAGAAAUUGCAAGGCAACACCGAUCACAUCAUAGAAUGCAGCCACGAGGAAUUGCCAAGGUUUUCAAGUGUAUUCAGCGACAGAUUCAUCCAAUUUAUGGAGAUAUUUUCUCCAUUCUUAGUGGACACUCUCUCCGAACGCACCGUGACAACGAUUCCGACGCUUUUCCCGCGUCCUCCAUCGGAGAUUCGGGAAAGCCGACUCCCAAUUGCAGAUCCUGGUAUCAGGAAACCUGGUCCUAUAGUUAAGCCUCGGCGAAGAUUCUGGAACAAAAGUGAUGAUGGCCGUCAAAGCCCGGAGCGCCGGAAAAGGGACAAAGAAGACAAAGCUUCCAGAGAUCAAUUUCUUCAAUCACUACGCGGCUGGUCCGAGAGUAAUUAUGGAAACGAGAUUUUCGUCGCCGCUGGCACCUGUGAAUGGUACAAAGACGGUCCCAUCUACAAAAAUUGGCUUACCGAUCCGAAUUGCGGCACACUCUUCUACAUAGGAGCCCCUGGGCAUGGGAAGUCGCACCUGGCACGUGCCAUUUUUACCCAUCUCAAGUCUUCGAAGCCAGACGAUAUUGUGAUGGGAUAUUUCUGCCAAAAGGGUGAAGAAAGGCCUGCCAUUUGGGAGUAUUUCACUUGGAAGUUGAUAAAAGAGUGGCCAGGCUGGUUCACUCACGUACCAGUUCAAUUCCGACGCACAGUUGACGGUACCAACCAUCGCCUCGAUUCAUCUGCGUACACUGAGAUAUGGACUUCGUUUAUGAAAGCCUGCUCACCUCGUACAAUAUACUUGAUCGUGGAUGGCUUAGAGCAAACGCCUCCCGCAAAUUUCAUCAAAUUUUUCGCUUUGAUAGAGCAGCUAAGAAAGCCGGUGGUUCUAGGGUCCGAAAACCGGUCAAACAGCAUACUAGAAACGCCAACGAAGGUUAAGCUUGUCAUAACGAGCCGGUGGACAGACGCCACUUUUACGGCUUCAAGCACGACUUCUCGUUGUUCUUUGCUCAAUGAUGAUAUUAAAAAGGAUAUCUCACUUUAUCUGAACAAGAGAUUCUUAACCAUCUCUAAUUCUAGACCAAAAAUGGUCGACGAAGAUCUAGUACGCAGGGUCAAGGAGCGUAUUAUCCAGAAAGCGGGAACCUACUGGCUCUUUGCUAAGCUCGCGGCAGAUGAAAUUGAGAGUUCAAGUGCAUUAAACUCUUUCCAAGAACCGCGAGAAGACUAUAUCCCAAUGGAGCUGGCGCGGCUCUACGAACGGAAGAUGCUGCCUUUACUACAAUCUGCCAACAACAGCGAAAGGCACUUGCGCACAGUUCUCACAUUGAUUGCUUCAAAAGACAAUAGCGACAUCCUCACAUUUUCCAUCAAACAGCUCGAAAGUUUUAUACAAUGCAUCUAUGGCCAAGACGAUAUGCCCGUGGAAAGUCUUGCGAAGUCCAUACAGACUUUCUGCGGCGACCUGUUCUGGGUCAGCCCAAUUGAUUCUAUUGUGUAUUCCGUCCAUGCCUCUGUUAGAGACCACCUCAGCAAAUAUCUCACGAUGGAACACAGGCAAAUUAACAUGGUUUUCAUUUGUCUUAAAUAUCUGCUUCAAGACUCUUUCCGCGCCCCCUUGCCUCUAUCGUUGAGAAACAGGACAGCGCCCUUUUACCCAUUCGCGGCGCAAAGCUGGAUAAUCUAUCUUGCUGAGCUGGAUACACUCAGCCCACAUUUAGUGCCGCUGCUACAAACGUUCCUAUCAAUUGAUUGCCACCAAUAUCGGACAUGGCUCCAUUGGAAGUCAUUGCCCUUCGAAGAAGAGAUAGGAAAGACUGCUGUGAUUACCGAGGAUCCAAUUAUGGUCAUGGUUCGGGAGGGAUGUCUUGCUGUUAUCCAGCAUUUUUUCCCGUCCUCGGCAGUUCCUCGUGCUUCUUGGAAGAGCAAAUUUGAACUCUGGGCGCGGCAUAUGCCGUUUUCAAACAUACAAUCUCCCAAACUACUUGGUGGGCAAUGGCCGAAUAUCAGGGGGCUGCAUGAGCAGACGGUUUUGAUGGCAGCGGCCCUUAGCGGAAACCCUGCUCUAGUGGAACAUAUUUUACAAUGGAAUGUUGAUAUAAACGCUCGAGAUGAUGGUGGAAGAACUGCUCUCAUGUUAUGUCUUACUUCAGAUCGAUUAAUGGGGUCGGAAGACGUGAGCAAAAGAGUGGAUGUGUAUGCUGUCAUUGAACUACUACUACUACAUGGUAUUAAUCCAAGAAUGAGUGAGCAUUAUGGUAUCACUCCCUUGCACGUUGUUUGUGUGCGUGGCAGACUCGAUCUGGCUCAGCUUCUGCUAAGGUUUAAUGCUCCGAUCAACGUCACAGACAUAUGGGGAUUCACACCACUUGAAAGGGCAUACUCUAUCGGGAAUACUCAGAUUAUUGAGAUACUCAUCGGUCACGGGGCGGAUGUAGAGGCAUGGAUGCUGGGCGGAGAGCCACCACUGGCAAGAUGUAUAUACGACGGAAAGCUCGAUAUGUUCAAGGCCUUUCUCCCCUUUGCGGAUAUCAACCAGGCCACUAUGCUUGGAUUUGCGCCAAUUCAUCUUGCCAGCGAUGGCGCUGAUCGGAUAGA